AUGGAUGCCCCCGUGGUCCCAGAUCACCCCGAGCCUGCGCCAUCGGAUGUUUCACCCCUCCCCAAAUCACUCCGUUCAAAUACAACUCCGCCUGAUUUAGAAACCACUGGAAGCUCAGGUCCGAGCAAUGGCCGUUCUUCGGUAGAUUCAGCUUCCGACAAGCAAUUGUCGCAAGCAGGGGACGCCGAAUCUACCAAAACGGGAUCUACCGGUCUGUCGAAGUUGCUCGCCUCGAGACGGAACCGCAAGAAGAAGAAGGAGAGCUUGAAGCUAGUCGACGAGCUCCCGUCUACACUGGAAACGGAAAGCAAUGAUAGAAAGGUCGCCGGUCUCACCCACAAGAGAGCUUCCAGCACCUCAUUGCUACCCACAGAAAGCAAUAGCACGCAAGAUGAUACGUCCAAUCUUUUGACGGACGACUCCGAACCCGAUAGGACUCCUCCCCUUACCUCGCAUGAUUCGCAUUCCGGCUUUUACACAUCAUCCUCCCCCUUAAUCAAAGCAAGCUCGGCCGAUGCCAACGACACAGACAGAACGCAUGGCGAUGCAGAAUCCGCAAUAAGUGGCGCAACCUCAGAUCAUGCCGGAUCCAACCCAGACACGGAAUUACAACGCCCGUCGUCCCGGCCAGCCACUGCUUCGAGUUUGAGCGUACCUAGUAACGAGAGGAAGAAAGGCGUGUCUAAAAGCCAACGCUUCAAGAAUGCGUUCAGCUCCGAUAAGAAAAAUGCGAACCGAGAACGAGCAUCGUCAACGUCUGGUGAAAGUGCAUGGAGCGCCAGCCGACGAAGUAGUUUGUCGUCCAAAAAGGCUCCAGGUAACCCCGCGGACGCUCCUCCGCCUGUUCCAUCGAUCCCAAAGCCAAUUCGAACAGAUAUCAAGGAGGCCAAGGCUCAAGAGCCGGAGCGUCCGCGCCUACAAACGCCACCACACACUGCAAUCCCAUUUCCAGCUACUACAGUGACCCCCCCAACUCCUAACCUGGAACAGGCGCCGCUAGUCGCAGCUUCGAGUGUCACAGAAUCCCCAUCCUCGAUAAAAUCACGCGAACUACCGCCCGGUGUUGUUGUGAGCCCUUCUGGAAACAUGAUUUCUCAUCGACGCGUGCGGUCUGCCUCUGCAGCCAAUCCCAAACCCAGCAAACUAUCGAAUGCGAUGGCCGCCAGCCCAACGCUUGAAGAAGGUAAAGCUGGUACACCUCAGAGCGGAUUCUUUUCAUCUGUGUUUUCUGUGGCGCAGACCGCCGCCUCUACCCUCACCGGCAGUCUCAAUGCACAGAAGACACGUAGUCCAGCAAUACCAGAGGCCGAAGUCCCAGAAGGCCAGGAAUCCAUUGAUGCUGAGCAAGUCCCCGAAGGCGCAGAUCAGUACGAGGAAAAGAAACCAUUGGCUGUCGACACGCUAGGUUCGGGAGAUUUGAACUUCAGUCAUUUGGACAUUGCUAUACCUCCCGGUGGAUCCAUAUCGACUCCAGAUGGAGUCGUCAUCACAAAGCCCGAAUUGCCGCCAGAUAAACGCAGAAGCCCCGCAGUCUCCCAACGAGAUGAUGCAGCAGCGCAACUAGAGGAUCGACGGGUUGCCCGAGCAGUCAAUAUGGCAUAUGAAAAGCCCGAUAAUCAAGUGAACCAGCAACUAGACGACGACCAAUUUGAUACCAACUCUACCCCAAACCUUUUGAAAGAGCCAACUGGAACCCAAACCCCGUCAGGUGGGAGCACUUUAGACGGAGACAUUGGAACAAGACCGUAUCGAAGCAGCAGUGUACGAAGUCGGCUAGCCCAACGGCGUCAUCGGGGUUCAUCUGGCGCAACUUCGUCAACAAUUGGUGCGAUUGGCGCCGGUGCCAUUGCUCUCGGAGUUCCAGGGGUCAAUGCGAGCUUGCCACGGUUAACAGGGUUCGCUGUUGCCAGCAAAAAGCGUAACAGGGACUUUCACCAGCUCUUUCGCAGCGUUCCAGAGGAUGAUUAUCUCAUUGAGGAUUACAGCUGUGCCUUGCAGCGGGAGAUCAUAUUGGCAGGACGCAUUUACAUUUCGGAAGGGCACAUUUGCUUUUCAAGCAAUAUUCUAGGCUGGGUUACCACUCUUGUCAUUAGCUUCGAUGAGGUCGUAGCUAUUGAGAAAGAAUCAACGGCCAUGGUUUUUCCGAACGCAAUCGCCAUAAAGACCUUGCAUGCCCGCCACACAUUCCGGAGUCUCUUGAGCCGAGAGUCAACCUACGACUUGAUGGUCAAUAUCUGGAAGAUCAACCACCCCAGUAUUAAGAGUUCUAUCAACGGGACAACGGUUUUAGACUCCACGGGUGACAAGACGGUAAAGGCGGGUGACAGUGACGAUGAGCUUUCUGAAGAAGACGAGGAAGACAUCUACUAUGAUGAAGAUGAAGAUGAUGACAAUGCUGAUAGCUUCUUCGAACCCGGUGAUGACAGCAUGCGUGGGAGUAGUACAUCGCUUCCUCUGAAAGCGGUACCUCGACAGACUUCUGGCACAAUACCAACGGUUUCGUCGGGACUCGGGCCCAACGGAGCCUCUAAGGGUACCAAGGGAACCAACGGAGAUGCUGAUGGUGACUUCCCUGGCCCACACACACAUUCUCCAACUCAAUACGACGGUCCUGAAGGCCAGUACGACAGACUCAUCAAGGACGAAACAAUUCCUGCGCCUUUGGGCAAAGUAUAUUCUUAUGUUUUCGGGCCAGCCUCGGUGUCGUUUAUUCCUAAGUUCCUUGUCGAUAACCAGAAAUCUGGCGAACUCGACUUCAACAGUGAAAAGACCGGGCUUACGAAUGAGAUUCGGACGCGAAAGUACUCCUAUAUCAAACCUCUGAACGGCUCCAUCGGUCCCAAACAAACAAAGUGUAUUAGUGUCGAACAGCUGGAUUUCUUAGAUCUCGAGAAGGCCGUUCUUGUAACACUCAGUACCCAGACACCCGAUGUGCCCAGUGGGAAUAUUUUCACUACCAAGACAAAAUACCUCUUCACUUGGGCAGCAAACAACCAAACGCGCUUUCUCAUGACCUGUACGAUUGAAUGGACUGGGAAGAGUUGGCUAAAAGCUCCGAUUGAGAAAGGUGCUACCGACGGUCAAACAGCGUUCGGCAAUGACUUGAUCGCCGCCCUGAAAGCCGCAGUCGCCCCCCGCGCUCGUGCGGGUACCAGAACUGGUGGAAAGGGCAAGCUCAGACGUAAGAAGGGUGACGCCGUGAAUGACGAGACUGCAGCAGCUGUUGCCAAGGCAGUAACCGAAGCGCACGCGCAAAAAACCGAGUCAUGGGGCGUCUUCGAGCCGCUCCAUGGACUGCUUGGACCACUUUUUGGUUUGUUUACGCCAUUAUGGAAUGGGAAUAUGGCUGUCCUAGUAAUCGGCGUCCUGCUCUUCAUGCUCUUCUUCCGCAGGCCUUCUCACCCUCCAAUGUUGUCAUCAGACAUGGCAUAUCCUGGCCACACUAUACCCCAGCGGUUGGCCGCUUAUGAGGAAAUGUGGCGCAGAGAAGAAAGCGAGCUCUGGAAUUGGCUUGAAGACAGAGUAGGGUUGGAUGGAAUGGCCAUUCCAACAAUGAAGCGGCAAUCCGAAACACGCAUACCCCGGAGCAAUCGCAAAUCCCAAAGUGAGCGGGAACUGAAAGAUUCGCUGAGCGAAGAAACCCUAUCAGACCGCGAGAUGGACCACGCAAUCCGCAGCACGCGGGACCGAUUAGACACACUCGAGCGGAUAUUGUCUAGAAGAACGUCAGCAUCUACAGCCAAGACCGAAUCGUCCCGCGAGGAGCUUUAG